AUGGUGGAUAACGGACACAACCAGCCUACCCAGGGAGAAGUACCGGAGGACGCCAACGAACGUAUGUAGGAAAUCUCUUUUCGUCCUCCACUCUGUCUUCCUCUUGCCAUCGAAAUAUCGAAAACGGAAUGCCUUCUUCUUCUCCUUAUUCUUCUUCCUCCUUAUGAUUUCGUUCUAUUUGAUUGGAUUAUCCCUUUUCUUCUUUUGUUUUUUCGAGAGGAGAAAUCUCAGUUGAGAGGAUACGUAGCUCUUAGUUUUCCGUCUUUGGCUGUGGCUGUCAUCAUAAUGAUUGUUUUUCCCUCGCUUCAUUUUUAGACUGUCCGGGGACUCAGUCGGAGGCAGCAGGGAAGUCAGACGCAUGUAAAGGUUGCCCCAAUCAGGAGGUCUGCGCCACCGCCCCCAAGGGACCAGACCCAGGUAGGCGGACCAUUCCUCUGUUCACCGUUUUUGGUAUUUUCGCAUCAAUAAUUAUAUAAAAGCAAAUUGAACUUGAGUUGAGCGUCUGCUUGGGAGACGGGGAAGAAGGGUUGGAUUUCGUGGCUGGUCUCAUUCAUAGAUAGGCCUUUUGGUCUGGUUCCGUUGUUUUUUCGGGAUUCUAGGUUGAUGUACGCCGACUUGACCUUGCUACUUAUUAUGCGUAACAAAAACCUGUGCGGAGAGCACAUUGGUUUGGAGCUCUUAUUGAAAAGUAGUUUCCUUGGGCUCAUAUGCAGCUAUUUUGUCUCUCUCUGACUUGACAUAUGCCACUGAUGAGUGGCACAGAUGUCCUGGCAGUUAAUGACGAAACGCCUUGUCUGAAUCCCAGUUCUUCUGGCCAGGAUACUGAUGGAUGGAUACAUGAUGGGCUAUGGUUGGCAUGGGCCUUGUCAUUGCCAGAGCUGCUUCUGAGCAGUGGAGAACAUCUGAUUUCGUUUUUGACUUCUCAUGAGGACUAAGAUGGUGAUGUCUCUUCAGAGAUUUCUGUUCAAUAUUGUGUAGUAAUUGAAGUUAAGUUAUAGAAAGGUGAUGUGCUUUUUCUCAAGUGGAUGAAAAAUGAUUAGUUGAAGGAUGUUCUGCCAAGGAUGGAAUGACUUAGCAUCUCAGGAUUUCGACCGAGAGAAGGUAUAUUUUUAGUGGCCUGAGAAAUCGACAUGAUAGGCUGGUUGCCUAUGCGUUUCUUUUUGAGUGGGGUGCUUCUGACAGCUCCUUACUACCCGUUUUAUUCCAUCAUUUAUUUAACAAUAUGAGCUUAGUCCGCACAUAGCAGAAUAUUUUCUUUCCUAUGGCCCGCUUGUAUUGAGAAUUUGUUCUCGCCAGAAAUUUAAACUAUUGACAUUCCGCUUUCUAAAAUUUCUGCGAAGUGAAUAUGCUUAAUUCCUUAUUGAUCUUCUCUCCUGGUCUUAUGGCUGUAAUUUGUACCUCAUUUAGAUUGCACGCACCCUUUGUUACAAGCAUAUGGAAAUUUCUAAUGGUCAAAUUUUUUUGGGUAUCAAGACUCACAAAGUGCCCAGAUAGCUUCAUGCAAUGCAUCUCUGAAGGAUUUUGACCAUCCUUCUCACAGUGCCCCAACUAUUUCUUAGUUUACGUCGGCCAAAAUGUUAUGUUCGCGGAAAUAUUUGUAGCUGCAUGUGGUUUCAAUGUAAGGGGAAACCUCAUCUUGCAUUAAGUACACGGAGGCAGCUCUAUGCAAUGAAUUCAUGGUUGAUUCCACUUUGUCAAUUUUAUAUUUAAGGUUACACAUUGUUGGAAUCUUUCCUCAAGUCCCUUCUGGUUCUCGCCUCUUACAAUUUCUUAUUUAGUGGAACUUUCAUGAUCUCUGCUGGGAAAUUUUUCUGACAUCCUCUUCACUAAGUAGUGAGGUUGGGUAGUUUCCAAUGUUAAAGGUGCCAUAAAACAUAGUGCACAAAGCACAACUUUGGGACAUUUCGAUGAAAGGUCCUUACCAAUGGGAAAUAAUGUUGAAGAAAUUCGGAAUUCAUGUGGCCCUCUUACUAUAAUAUACUUAGGUGAAGUGGAAGAUACACAGAUCUACAUGGUGAAUACUAAAAGAGAAUAAACCCUUAGCUGAGGCAAUAUCUUCUUUCUAUCAUGUAGAGCCAUCCAACUUCCACAACAUCAAAGAAAAGUUGCCUUGUCAUUUUCUUUCUGUUUUUAUGUAGAUUCAAGCUUAUUAUUCAUAAAUUGGAUUCAGUGUUGUUGCUGUUGUAUACUGAUUAUCCGAAAAAAGAGGAUAGGGAGGUUAGUGAUUGGUGAAGAUUGACAAAAUAGACGGCUUUCUGCAAUCUGUUUCCAAUAAUUGUCUCUCCCUGGAAAUGAAAUUUUCUUCCGUGGGUAAGGCAUCAAUCUAAAAAUAAUGUACUCUGUGGGCAAUCAACAGGUACUGGAUGUUACAGUCGUAAUUACAUUGGUCAUAGCAAUCCGAUUGUUUUCCCUGCUUAAUGCUGCAUCUAUAAAAAUAAAGUGCUGAGUAGCCAAUCUGGUUGUAGCAUAGAUGAAUUUAUGAUAUUACCAAUAAGAAUGAAACUCACGUGCUACUUCUGUUUACACUUAGUUUGCACAUAUCUCGUAGUGAUCCAAUUGUAUGAAGAACUGGUCCCUUCUAUGCAAACAAGUGAUUAAUAAUCUGAAAAAUCAGGGCGUCUUUUAAUAUGAUUGAAUGCUGAAUAUCACAUCUGCUAUGGCUAAGAUAGUGCCAUGCUCCGAGACUGUGUCCUAAUAUUUUUCCCUGCCUGGCCAUUAUCUGAGUAAUGUAGGUUAUGUCAGUAUCUCUGACUACCUGACUCCUGUGUUUCCUAGGAUAAUUUUUUCUUCCCCUCCUUUUCUGGGGAACUAUUGCCGUCUAUAAAUACACUUCUUUUUCUUAACCUCUUAUUGGGUUGCGUCAUGAUCCACGUCUUUUUACCCUUCAUUUUUCUCCUUUUCCAUUUACCACUUCUCCACCUGCCGACAUUACACUCCACAACCCAGCUCGUGCUUCCACCCUCCCCAUGUUCCUUUUGUUUUUCCUUUUCUUUAUUUCCCUUCCUCCCGUCAACAUAAACUAUCUAUCACUGUAAAAACAUGACAACCAUCACUACACAAAAUUCCAUGUUAGGAUGACCACCAGAUACAAUCGUGUUUUACUCCAGAGAGGAGUUUAGACAACAAAUAAAUGAAAGGACAAAAAAGACAGAUUGACCUCAUCAUUGCUCAGUCCAUUGGAAGCAAUCGAGAGAUGGAUGACUCAGUUAACGUGCCAAGGUUGGGAGACGGAGGGUUCUCCUAACCAAAACAGAAUAUCCUGGUUGGUUUCCACCAUCCAGCCAUGUGUGCUGUAACUUCUCACGUCCUCAUCAGCCUUACUUAGUGAUCAAGCCUGCCACCAAGCACCUACAGAUGUAUCUCGCAUAACUCAUCAGGUCGCCCCAUGAUGGUAAAUUGAUUGAAGGAUUAGCAUUAAAGUAGCAGAAGUAUCUGCUUCAUGCCAGUAAAUGGCCACACAGGACUUCAUGCCAGAGUAUGAGCUGAAUACGGUUUCAUCUAAGGAAAGAAAAUAGAGAAGUAUCACACUUCCAGACUUUUCUUUCAUUGAACCAUGCAUGAUUCGACCAUUUUUGGUCUUCUCGUCUAUCAUAAAAAUCAUUCGAUUUAUUUCCAAUUUCGGCUGGGAUUUUCUAUUUUGAUCAACAGUGGGCCAUUCUGACCAGUUCACCGCCUGAAAUUCUGUCAGCCAUGUUUGCCACCAUCUGCUGCUUCAUUGCAUUUUCUAGUUUCUUAUUCUUUUUGUCAUUCUUUUUUUUUCCCAACCUCCAGCUUAAAGUGAAAGUUCUUGUUUACCGGGCGUUUCUGGUAGUAUCGUAUGGUUCUCUCCAUAUGUCCUUUUAUCAUCGUUUCUAGUCCUGUCCACAGGAUCAAGAACUGGCCAUUCUUACAGAGUUUGCGUGGUCAGGGGGGUCGGCUUUUCUGCUGGAUAGCAUAUUUCUUGCUUUAGGAUAAGUGGAGAUAUGUCUUUGUAGUCGAAGGUUUUCUGGAUCUUUGAGCUUGUUGAAGUGACCAUUCUUAUACGAAGACAGGAUUUUACUGUUGCUUUCGUAACUUUGAUCAAGUGCCAUAAAAAGAUGCCUCAACAAAAUAAAUGUAUGUCGUGAUAAUUAGGGGGAUGAGACCCUGUUAAUACUGGGUGAUGCCCUUUUAAAAUUCCAUUUGACAAAGCCCAUUUGAAAGUUCUCCACGUGGAACAUGUCUCAUGCCUCUAGGAUGAGGCUCAUUUGAUAAAUUUCUUUGGUGGAUGAAGCAGUUUUAAGAGUCCACAGGCUGAGGAUCACGCUUGAGCUUGCCCACAGGCUGAUGUAUGGGGCGAGGAGGCCCACUUAAACGUGUUUUAUGAUGUUUUACUGCCUCUGUUUUCUGUUUCUUCUCUGCGCGCACCAUUGAUUCCACUUCUUCCUUUCAUUGGCGAAACAAAAAUCUGUCUCUCCGAGCAUCGCUCUUCGGUCUUAUCUCUUAUUUACGUAGAAACAUUGCGGAUCACAGACGAACGAGCUUCCACCUCAAUGUGUUCUCCCUUCUUGCAGACCUGGUGGCGAUAGCGGAGCGGAUGGCGACCGUGAAGCACAAGAUCCUGGUUCUGUCAGGGAAAGGUGGGGUGGGGAAGAGCACGUUCUCCGCGCAGCUGUCCUUCGCGCUAGCGGGGAUGGGGCUGCAGGUGGGGCUGCUGGACAUCGACAUCUGCGGGCCGAGUAUCCCCAAGAUGCUGGGGCUGGAGGGACAGGACAUCCACCAGAGCAGCCUCGGUUGGUCUCCCAUCUACCUGGAGUCCAACCUCGGGGUGAUGUCCGUGGGGUUCAUGCUGCCGCACCCGGACGAGGCCGUCAUCUGGCGGGGCCCCCGCAAGAACGGGCUGAUCAAGCAGUUCCUCAAGGACGUAGACUGGGGGGAGCUCGACUACCUGGUGGUGGACGCCCCCCCGGGCACCUCCGACGAGCACAUCUCCAUCGCCCAGUACCUGCUCGCCACUGGCGUCGAUGGCGCCGUCGUCGUCACCACCCCACAGGAGGUCGCCCUCGCCGACGUGCGCAAGGAGAUCAGCUUCUGCAGGAAGGUAGGCAUACGGGUGCUCGGCGUGGUCGAGAACAUGAGCGGCCUCCGGCAGCCCCUCGCCGGCUUCAGGUUCGUGCGGCCCGGCGACGGGGCCGACGUCACCGACUGGGCCAUGGACUACAUCCGGGAGAGGGCCCCCGAGCUGCUGGCCUUGGAGGGGUGCGCGGAGGUCUUCGCCGCCAGCCGCGGCGGCGCGCUGGGGAUGUGCCGGGACAUGCACGUGCCCUUUCUGGGGAAGGUCCCGCUGGACCCGCAGCUCUGCAGGGCCGCCGAGGAGGGCCGCUCCUGCUUCGAGGACCAGCGGUGCGCCGCCAGCGCCCCUGCGAUCAGAGAAAUAGUGGAGAAGCUGCUCGCCGCCGGCGAUGCAACCCAGUAA